AUGGUUAAAGUGUACAAACCCGGGAAGGUUGCUCUCCUCCUCCAAGGUCGGCAAGCAGGCAAGAAGGUCGUGGUGAUCAAGCAGCUGGACGAAGGAACCAAGGAAAGGCCCUAUCCGCAUGCUAUUGUAGCUGGGAUAGAACGAUACCCUCGCAAGGUGACCCGCCGUAUGGGCCAGAAAAAAGUAUCGCGUCGGAGUAAGGUCAAACCUUUCAUUAAGGUUGUAAACUACUCGCACUUGUUCCCUACCCGAUAUGCACUCGAAUUAGAAGGACUCAAGGGCACCGUUGCCAACGACACCUUCAAAGAACCCUCCCAGCGCGAGGAUGCCAAGAAGACGAUAAAAAAACUGCUGGAGGAGCGUUAUACUGCAGGAAAGAACCGCUGGUUCUUCACGCCACUGCGGUUCUAA